UUACUGAGCCUUCGGAGCCGUCAACCUAGGCCCCCAGGCCGAGCCUAUUUUCCAGUUCGCCACGGAUCGUCUGAAAGCGACCCGUGGCCGUGAUAUAUUUACGCGAUGUUACAGCUUCCGUAAAGAUAUCGUCCCUUCCACGACGCCCCUUUUCCUCCAUUGGCAAUAAAAAAUAAAAAGCUUCUGAAACCUUCGAAAUAUGGUCAAGGCUGCAGCUGACAUGGCUCGAUCGGCUAAAUCGGAAUCUGUCAAAGUGGUGGUGAGGUGUCGCCCCAUGAGCGAACGAGAGAUUGGCGAUGGUUACGAAAGAAUUGUGGGACUGUGUCCUGAAAGUGGUGUCGUCACAAUCCGCAACCCCAAAAGUAGCGACGUGGAAGCCUUGAAGCAGUACACUUUCGAUGCCGUGUACGACUGGAAUUCGAAACAGAUGGAUCUUUACGACGAAACCUUCAGGCCAUUAGUCGACUCCGUGCUGCUGGGCUUCAAUGGAACCAUAUUUGCAUAUGGACAAACUGGCACUGGGAAAACUUAUACUAUGGAAGGCAUAUUCAACGACCCCGAGAACAGGGGAGUCAUUCCGAAUUCGUUUGAGCACAUCUUCAGUCACAUUGCCAGAUCGCAGAACCAGCAGUACCUUGUGAGGGCGUCGUACCUAGAGAUAUAUCAGGAAGAAAUUAAGGACCUAAUUGCAAAGGAUCAAACGAAACGGCUAGAGUUGAAAGAGCGUCCGGACACUGGUGUUUACGUUAAGGACUUAUCAUCAUUUGUGUGCAAGAGCAUCAAGGAGAUAGAGCAUGUAAUGACUGUGGGAAACCAAAACAGAUCUGUAGGGGCUACAAACAUGAAUGUGCACAGUUCAAGGUCGCAUGCCAUCUUUAUCAUCACUGUGGAACACAGCGACCUCGGACCAGAUGGCAAGCACCACAUACGAGUGGGUAAACUGAACCUGGUGGACUUGGCUGGCAGCGAGCGCCAAGUGAAAACCGGGACGUCUGGUGACAGACAGAAAGAGGCCAUCAAGAUCAACCUGUCGCUCUCUGCGCUGGGGAAUGUGAUCUCGGCGCUGGUGGAUGGAAAAAGCUCUCACGUGCCGUACCGGGAUUCAAAGCUCACGAGGCUACUCCAAGACUCCCUUGGAGGCAAUGCAAAAACCAUCAUGAUCGCCAACAUUGGUCCUGCAAGCUACAAUUACGAAGAGACACUGACGACGCUCCGGUACGCCAAUCGAGCCAAGAACAUCAAGAACAAGCCCCGUGUUAAUGAGGAUCCCAAGGAUGCAUUACUCAGGGAGUUCCAGCAAGAGAUAUCUAGGCUAAAGGCACAGCUGGCUGCCAGAGACACAAAGAAAAAGAAAAAACGCCCUUCGAAGGAAAUGUCGUCACCGGGUACUGAGGACAGCAAUGAGGACGAGUUCGACGAAGAGCUGUCAUCUGCUUCUCUCGCACACACGCUCGAAGAGGAAAGGGCGGCCAUCAUGAACGACCAUAGCCUUAUCGCAGAGGAGAAGGCUAAGCUGUUGGGGGAGGUGCAGAAGCGCCAGGAGCAACUGCAGAGGGAGCAGGAGGCUGCGGACAAGCUGUCCCUCAAGGUGAGGGCCAUGGAGAGCAAGCUGCUUUCAGGGGGCAAGAAUAUUGUGGACCACACCAACGAGCAGCAGAGGGCCCUGGAGCAGCGCAGGCAGGAGAUCGCCGAGCAGAAGCGACGAGAGCGAGAGAUGCAGCAGAAGCUGGAAACGCAGGAAGAAGGGACAUCCGAAAUCAAGGAAACCUACACAUCUCUACAGCAAGAAGUCGAGAUUAAGACCAAGAAACUCAGAAAGUUGUUUGCCAAGUUGCAAUCUGUGAAGACGGAAAUUCAAGACCUCCAGGAAGAACACUCCAAGGAGCGCCGGGAGCUGGAGCAGACGCAGAACGAGCUUACGAGGGAACUGAAGCUCAAAUACUUGAUCAUCGAGAACUUCAUUCCUCCAGAGGAUAAGGUCAAGAUUCUCUCAAGGGUUGUCUAUGACGAAGAUGAAGACCAGUGGGCGCUCCUUCCACUCUCCGAGGUGCCUGGCGGCGCCGAACCACUCAAGAGGCUGCCAUUUGGCAGCAGAUAUCCUACCACCGAAUACGCAAGGUCGUCUGCCGGCUCAUCAACUAGGCUGAGGGAUGAGGACAUUCUACGAGUGGAGCUGGACAUGCCAGUACGCACGACCAGGGACUACAAUGCCCCUGCAGUAUCGCCUCUCUUGAAAGCUGUCCUAGAUGAUGCCCUCCAGGAGGAGGAGGAGGACCUGGACAUUGAUGCAAGCAUCUUCCAACUGGACCAGAGCGCCAAGGCCAGUCGGAGAGAGAGAAGCCAUCGCACCCGGUCCAAAUCCGGCCGCCCACACCACGACGGAAGGAGUUCCGACGAAGUCGAGGGAGCCGCGGCCGCGGAGGAGCGCUACCCUCAGUCGCGAGGUUUGGUGCCCAAGUGAUUGUUAGAGCCCCUACACGAUCCACACACAGCUACCGCCGUGCUGCUGUUAGCGCAGCUCUUGCUCAUUUUGGCAGCUUGCCUGGAAUGCUCGCGAUGGAGUUGAGUCGUCGGCUCAGCGUCGCUUCAUGGAAUCUUUUCGCACACUUGUAUUUCGUCGAUUAUGUUUGGCUGCGGAAUGCACUUCACCAACCAACGGUCGGUCGGCGGAAGCUCGGCGGGAACGAUGCCUCGUCGGGGAUCAGUUGCAAAGCCGAAUAACGGGGCUUGGCAAUACGAGCUUGUACAAUGGUAAUUGGGCCGAAGCGGUAACAACGCCAUAGUGGCAAUGCGAGCGGAGAGUCCUUGGCUCUCCGCUUGCAUUGCUGUUAACCGUACGGGCUUCUCAUUGGUGUAAAGCUUCCCAAUGCAAAAAUGUUGAGCGUAGGAGACCGACCAAUAUUGUCGGUUGGUCUCCUAUGCUUAAUGUUCAUCCUUCAGCGAUAGACCUUGUGCUACACGAUCGGAACGCAGAAGAGUGUGCCUGGCUACGCAUGCUGGCAUCUGCGGCAAUGAUUUUUUAAAGCAAUAAUUUAGAACUGGCACUUUGGAUGGGCAUUUGUCAUUGCCUUAUUUCAAUUAUAUUUUGUGCUCCGAAUCCUGCCUACCGAACAGAUGAGCAUGUGCGACGAAUCUACAAACCCUGCCCACUUCUUGGCGUUUUAUUCGUUUAGCAAAAGGUCUACACUAGUCCGAAAUUGCAGAAUUUCAAAGCAGCCUGAAGCCGGAGGCAUUUUGCCACCUUCUGGCAAUUUGGUCCUAUUUAUUCCAUGUAAAUGGGGGUGCUCUUAAUUGCACCUUUUACAUUCAGCAAGAUUUGAUGUGGCGAGGGAAGUAGCCUCAGUUUUCCUACCCCAAAUAUAAGCUUGCUGCUCUUAAUGGUGAUUCAACAUUGCACAGCCUUGAGUUGUACACAUAAUAAAUGCACCACUAAAGGCAGUGAGCUUGUUAUAAACCAAUACAGAAGACUCCAUUCACAACGUGAACAACUUGUCUUAUUAACUCUGGUUUCAACUGUUUGUGAAGCACAUUACUUGUUUUCGAAUUUUCCAAAUGAAAUACUUGCCGCCGAUAUUGUGCAAAUGCCGCGUUACGGAACAGGUGUGAAUGUCCCAGUUACCAAUUUUGUUUAUAGUUUUACGAGAGUUUGAGGGCAAGCUACACAAGCUUUUGCAGUAGCUCGCAGCUCGAAGUACAGCAGUCAUGGUAACGAUGGCUCGAAAAUACCUCAGUUGGAGACAGCAACCGAGCAGGAACGUUCCAGUAUUGCAACUGCGCACGUUAUGGAGGAGUAACAGGUAAUAGAAGGCAAGGCACAACAAACUGUGCAUGCUUCAGCAGGGCCACUUUGUUAAACGUUUGUGUCAUGUGCUUGCACAUUUUUUUUAGCAUUGUUCUUUUCAGUUGCUGCUGGGCGGCAAGAAAGGUGUUUUGGAUGCGAGAUUGUUUUCAGACUUUGUAACAACUUUUUUGCCACGUCCAUUAUCGCAAUCCGUUGUGCAUUGCCGCCACUUUUGAUGCCCCACAUUUCUCAUGCAUCUCUUUUCUUUGGGGGUUACAGCAUUAAUUACUAUAUCACCCAGAGUACUGCCUUAUUUUGCAGUUGUUCCCCAAUGUGGAAAGGGCACAAGGGAUCGGGCUUAGCAGUGUUUAGUUACCACCGGCCAUUAGGGAACCGGAAUUUUUCAUUAUUCGGGCACCACUAAGCCGAGCAUUCCUUGCUUCGAUGUACUUGCCAAUAGCUGGAUGUGAAUUCCGUUGUAUCAGCUUUGAGGCCACUUACUGCUUGUAUGCUGGUCGUUUCUACAAUGAGGUGCCACAUACUAAGGCACAGCUCAUAUCUUGGCCUUGUUCAAAGACUAUAGCAGGGGUGGCUAGGCUGACCUGGCGUAAGAGCCGCAAACAGAGCCACGAAACUUCAGAGUCGGGAAGGGGGGGGGGGGGGGGGGGAAUGUUUUGUUUAGAGCAACAAACGAAAUUCGUACUACUUUCAAUAUAUCCAAGUCAAAAGCAGUCCAACUGUACGUAACAUUGGAGUAGCACAAGACUACCAGAUCGCAACCUGUCUUUCGAUUUAAAACGCGCUCCAUUUCCCUUUUGGGGAAGUGUUCGUGGGGCCUGGAGGGAGGUGGGGAGUUGGGGGAUGGAGCCGCGAGCCACAUUUUAGCAUGCGGCUCGCGAGCCGCAGCUUGGCCACCCCUGGACUAUAGAAUUUGUCCCCAAAAGGGACGAGGCAGAUUGGUGCAUUUCAUUCGAGCCUAGCUUGCCGUAGGCUUUCCCAAAAUUAAAGUUCCACACAUUCCAAUACAUUAUCAUUUCUUGCAGUAUGGGAAGCUUACAUCAACAAAACGAUAACCAGUGAGGUGUAGCAUACAUGAUCAAGUUGUAGUGCCAUAAUUGUAGCAAUGUACAUGACGAGAUGCUUCAAAGGUACUUGGUUGAAAUGAGACGCAGCUGAGGUGGCAAUGCAACUAUUUUCUAUUUUUUCCGGGCUGUUGUCGCGCAGGUAUUUAAUUUCUGUUCUAGUCCAAGAGCAAUGUUCUAACAAGUGAUAUUUUAGGGGUAUUGUGCUUACUAAUUAUUUAUGAUGCAGGAACAUCCAUAGUUUUGUUGAAUAAGUGGUAAAAUGGGGACACUAUGGUAGAGUUUUACACAAAGUGUAUACACCUUGCGAAAUGUUUUUGUCUUUGGGUUGAGAGGUGGUGUAUUGUACAGAUUUUUUCUUUCUUCUCAAGUUCAAUAAAUGUCUACAAAUUACUGCCUGA